AUGCCUUCAGUACCUGGACCUCACACCUUCAGUACCUGGACCUCAUUCCUUCAGUACCUGGACCUCUCGCCUUCAGUACCUGGACCUCACGCCUUCAGUACCUGGACCUCAUUCCUUCAGUACCUGGACCUCACGCCUUCAGUACUUGGACCUCAUACCUUCAGUACCUGGACCUCAUACCUUCAGUACCUGGACCUCAUACCUUCAGUACCUGGACCUCAUACCUUCAGUACCUGGACCUCAUACCUUCAGUACCUGGACCUCACGCCUUCAGUACCUGGACCUCACGCCUUCAGUACCUGGACCUCACGCCUUCAGUACCUGGACCUCACGCCUUCAGUACCUGGACCUCACUCCUUCAGUACCUGGACCUCACGCCUUCAGUACCUGGACCUCACUCCUUCAGUACCUGGACCUCACUCCUUCAGUACCUGGACCUCAUUCCUUCAGUACCUGGACCACACGCCUUCAGUACCUGGACCCUUAUAA